AUGACUGAUAUUGUAGCUGAUAACGACGAAGUCAAUGAUGACCAAGAAGAUAGACGAUUAUCUGCUUCAGAAGAUCAAACGCCUAGAAGUUUUUGUCUUCAAUCUUUUGUAAAUCUUUAUGGAGAUGAACCUCAUUUAUCAAGAUUUGAUCAUAUUAAACAUUAUGCAAAAAAACACUGUGGAUCUGUCACUUUUCUAUGUUGUCUCAAUAUAUUUUUGGAUAAAAUACCACUUCUUUAUUGUUUAAAAAAAUAUAAUAUUCGUAAAAACUUAUUCGGCGAUAUCAUUGCCGGAAUUACCGUUGCGAUUAUGCAUAUCCCGCAAGGUAUGGCUUAUGGUGUUCUUACAACAUUACCACCUAUUUAUGGAUUGUAUGUAUCAUUUUUUCCUGUAAUUAUUUAUAUGAUCUUUGGUACAUGUCCACAUUUGUCUAUCGGAACAUUUGCUGUUAUAUCACUAAUGAUUGCACAAGCUAUUGAAGGUGUAGUACCAUUACCAAUGGAUAUGAUUAAUAAUACUACAAUAGUUUCAAAUGAAUCUAAUUCAUUAUUAAAUAAUGAAAAAGUUCAAGUAGCUACUACACUUGCUCUUCUUGUCGGUCUUGUUCAAUUACUCUUAUCUUUUCUACGACUUGGAUUUUUAACUGUAUAUUUAACUGAACCAUUUAUUAGUGGUUUUACAUCAGGUGCAGCUGUACAUGUUUUUACCAGUCAAAUUCCAUCUUUAUUCGGUGUUAAAUCUCCAUCACGAAUUGAAGGAGCAUUUAAAUUACCCAAAUUUUACAUAAAAUUAAUUCGUUUAUUAUUUUAUAAGAUUAAUUGGAUAUCAACUGCGAUCGGAAUUAUUUCUAUUAUUAUUUUAUUUUUUUCUAAAUAUUUCAAUGAACGUUAUAAAUCAAAAAUUCGUAUUGUACUUCCAUGUGAAUUAAUUUUAGUAAUCAUUGGUACAGUUUUAUCCCAUUUUGUACGACUCGAUUCCAAAUAUGAUAUAUCAGUUGUAGGAGAAAUUAAACGAGGUUUACCUUCACCAGUAUUUCCUUCAUUGAACAGUAUAGAUAAAUUAAUUGUACCAGCUAUAACAAUAGCUGCUGUUAGUUUAUCUAUUUCAAUAUCAAUGGCAAAAAUGUUUAGUCGAAAACAUGGUUAUAAAGUUAGUUCGAAUCAAGAAUUAUUAGCUUAUGGAAUGGCAAAUGUAAUUUCAUCAUUUUUUAAAUGUUAUCCAAGUGCUGGUUCAUUAAGUCGUUCAGUUGUACAAGAAGGUAGUGGAGGAAAAACACUUUUAAUUGGUGGCUUUUCUUCGAUUGUUUUGGGUUCAGUUAUCAUAGCAUUAACUCCACUUUUUCGAUCUUUACCUAUGACUUGUCUAGCUGCAAUUAUUAUUGUUAAUUUAAAAGGUCUUUUUUAUCAAAUGAAAGAUUUUAUAUUUUAUUUUCAUAUAAGUGUAUUGGAAUGUUUAUUAUGGACUAUAACAUUUACUUCUGUUGUUUUAUUCGAUGUUGAUAUUGGUUUAUAUGUUGGAAUAUGUACAUCAUUUAUUAUUAAUACAAUACGUACUCAAAAACCUCGAUUUGUUACACUUGGUCAAGUAGAACAUACAGGAAUUUAUAAAAAUGUUGUUUAUUUUCCUUCAGCGCAUCAAUAUUCCAAAAUAAAAGUUCUUCGUUUUGACGAAUCACUUUAUGCAUGUAAUGUACCAUUCUUUAAAAGAAAAUUUUACGAACUUAUUGAUAUUCAUCUUGAACAUUCACCAAUUAUAUCUUGUCGAGAAGAUACUCAUAAACAUGCCGAUAAAUUCAAUUUUAAAUAUGUUAUUCUUGAGUGUUCAACAUUUAAUUUUAUUGAUACAGUUGGAGUUAAAUUACUCAUCGAAAUAUUUAAUGAUUUAAAACGUCGAGGAAUUGUAUUAUAUUUGAGUGAAUGUCGAUUUGAAGUUCGUCAUACAUUUGAUGCAAUGAAAUUUUAUGAAAAAACAGAAUUUCAUAUAAUUUAUGUGACAACACAUGAUGCAGUGACGGCAGCUAGAAAUCAAUUAAAUCGUGCAUCAACUCCAGAUCAUACAAUUAUUUGA